UCACUGCAGGGAGGCGCCGGGACAGGCUCCCGGGUGCCCGCGCCGCCGCCGCCGCCGCCGCCGCCGCCUCCUCCGCGCAGCCCUCCGCAGCUCUCGGCAGCAGGAUGACUCCCGUGGUGGCCCUGCUGCUCUGCCUGGCCAUGGGGGCCAGGGCAGUGCCCCUGGAUGACCCUGAGGAUGGAGGCAAGCACUGGGUGGUGAUCGUCGCAGGCUCCAACGGCUGGUACAAUUACAGGCACCAGGCUGAUGCGUGCCACGCCUACCAGAUCGUCCACCGGAACGGGAUCCCCGAUGAGCAGAUCGUGGUGAUGAUGUACGACGACAUCGCCAACUCAGAGGACAACCCCACCCCUGGCAUCAUCAUCAACAGACCCAACGGCACAGAUGUGUACAAGGGGGUCCCUAAGGACUACACGGGCGAGGAUGUCACACCGCAGAAUUUCCUUGCCGUGCUGAGAGGCGACGCAGAAGCAGUGAGGGGCAAAGGCUCAGGGAAAGUCCUGAGGAGUGGGCCCAGGGACCACGUGUUUGUCUACUUUACGGAUCACGGAUCCACGGGGUUGCUGGUCUUUCCCAAUGACGAGCUUCACGUCCAGGACCUGAACGAGACCAUCCAGUAUAUGUACGACCACAAAAUGUACCAAAAGAUGGUCUUCUACAUCGAGGCCUGUGAGUCUGGCUCCAUGAUGAAGCACCUGCCAGACGACAUCAAUGUUUAUGCGACCACGGCUGCCAACGCCGUGGAGUCGUCCUUCGCCUGCUACUACGAUGAGAAGCGGUCCACAUACCUGGGAGACUGGUACAGUGUCAACUGGAUGGAGGACUCUGACGUGGAGGAUUUGAGGAGAGAGACCCUCCACAAGCAGUACCAGCUGGUGAAAGCGCACACCAACACCAGUCACGUCAUGCAGUACGGAAACAAGUCCAUCUCCACCAUGAAGCUGAUGCAGUUCCAAGGCAUGAAGCACAGAGCCAGCGCCCCCAUCUCCCUGCCCCCUGUCACACGCCUGGACCUCACGCCCAGCCGCGAUGUGCCCGUCAGCAUCCUGAAACGGAAGCUGAUGCUCACCAACGACCUGCCCGAGUCACGGCGCCUGGUGCAGGAGCUCCACGAACACCUGGAGGCACAGCAAGUCAUCGAGAAGUCGGUACAGAAGAUCGUGGCGUCCCUGGCCGGUUCGGAGGCCACAGCCCAGAGGCUCCUGACAUCCAGAGCUGAGCUCAGCGCCCAUGCCUGCUACCAGGCGGCUGUGGGCCACUUCCGCAAGCACUGCUUCAACUGGCACAUCCCCAAGUACGAGGCGGCGUUGAAACACCUGUAUGUGCUGGUCAACCUGUGUGCUGAGCCGUUCCCGAUCGACAGAAUCAAGCUGGCCAUGAAGGAGGUGUGCCUUGGCUACUACUACUGAACAGCUCCUCCCUGAAGCUUCCAUGCGCCAGCGCAGCCUGGAACGCAGUUUCCCCAGACCCCCGAGGCUGGAGGGGUGCGAAAGCAGCCUGCCAGGGACGUGGCCCCCUUCCUCCAGGCCCGUCACCGCUGGACAGCCGCAGGCUCGGAGGACUUUUCUCAGAGCAACAAUGGAAGUUUGCUCUCAGUUGGGGUGGGGGGAGAUAUUGCCCCCCACCUCCCACGUUGGCUCCAGGAGUUGGAAGUACUGGGGUGCGGGUUUGAGAAAUUCCAUCUGCCGCCCCCCGACUCAACCUUGAGAAUGGGUUUCCUUGAAGAGGGAUGCGAGCCCCAAUGGAAGAUGACAGUUCAACACGAUUCCCAGCUCUGAUUGUUUUCUGUCUUACUCCACACGAAUGGACACGUUGAAUAAAGUCAUAGCACUGAA